CCAAUUAUGAAUUGACAUGUCUUGUCAAAGGUAGCGAUCUGCAUGCUUAUGAAAAUAAUUUUAAUACAUUUUAUUAUUCCCGAUUUGAAAGAAUAUGUUUUAAAAUGUUUAUAAGAUAAAUCAAAUAAUUUAAGGAGACAGACUGUCGUUUAAGCACAAAUGUUAUGUUGUUUAUGUUGAAUAAGUAAGGCAACAAUGUUAAGAGCGAUAUCAUGUGUCUACAUCGAGGGCCGGGCUUUAAAACGAAAAGAUGUUUUUAAAGUAUUCCGUAUGUGUGCACAUUCCAAUGCAAAAUUAGAGCCACAUACACGGAAGUUGAAAAAGUAUAGAACGACUGUGUUAAGUCAAGAUGCCGGCCAUCACAAGAACAACCUGGAAGAGCCAAGCGCGUCGUCCGCUCCAGCGCGCAGCCCCACCGCCCCGGCCGAGCCCCCGCCCCCCCCCUCCCCCUCCGCCGCCGCCGCCCCGCUCCCGCCGCGCUCUCACCUUGAUAACGGCACUUACUUUUACGGCGUCACUCGGAGGGGUAUACCUAUAUCGUAGAAUGGCACAAGAUGAUGAUGAAGUGAUUGACAAGAAAGCAGAAGGUAGCCAGGAGAGUGAAAACGUAGAAGAGGAAGAACCGUAUCCGGCUUUGGAGGCGGAUAUGCCGGAGCGCGUGCAGUACCUGCUGGUCGGUGGUGGCACGGCGUCGUUCGCGGCCAUGCGCGCUAUCCGCAGCGCGCGGCCCGACGCCAGCGUGCUCAUCGUGUCGGAGGAGCGCGCGCUGCCCUACAUGCGGCCGCCGCUCAGCAAGGAGCUGUGGCGCGAGCCCGAGCUGGCGCGCCGCGCCGCCGACCCCGCCGCGCUCACCUUCCGCCAGUGGAACGGACGCCGGCGCAGCGUGGCUUACGAGCCGGCCGCCUUCUACGCGCCCGUGGAGCGCCUGCGGGACGGCGCGGGCGGCGCGGCCGUGGCGCGCGGCUGGCGCGUGCUGCGCGUGGACGUGGCGCGGCGCGAGGCCGAGCUGGCGGCGGGCGAGCGGCGCGCGCGCGUGGCCUUCGAGCAGUGCCUGCUGGCGCCGGGCGUGCGCGCGCGGCGGCUGCCCGCGCUGGCGCCGGCGGCGGCGGCGGGCCGCGCGCUGGCCGUGCGCGACCUGGCGGACGUGGCGCGGCUUGCGCGCGCGCUGGAGGAGCCCGGCGUGCGCACCGUGGCCGUGGUGGGCGCCGGCCUGCUGGGCGCCGAGCUUUCCGCCGCGCUGGCGGACCGACUGCGAGAGAGCGGCGCGCGCGUGGUGGCGCUGUACCGCGAGGCGGCGCCGCUGGCCGCGCUGCUGCCGCCCUACCUCGCCGCGCACGCCGCGCGCACGCUGGCCGCGCUCGGCGUCACGCUGCUGCCGCACUCGGAGGUGGUGGGCUGCAGCGCGGGCCCGGCGGGCGUGCGGCUGCGGCUGCGCGCGGGCGGCGCCGCCGCGGAGCUGGACGCGCAGCUGGUGGUGGAGUGCGUGGGCGCGGCGCCGGACGAGCGCCUGGCGCGCGCCUCGCGCCUGGAGACGCACGCCGCGCUGGGCGGGCUGCUGGUCAACGCCGAGCUGCAGGCGCGCGCCGGCGUGUGGGCGGCGGGCGACGCGGCCUGCUUCCACGACGAGCUGCUGGGGCGCCGCCGCGUGGAGCACCACGACCACGCCGUGGCGUCGGGCCGCCUGGCCGGCGAGAACAUGGCGGGCCUGCGGCCGCCGCGCGCCUACUCGCACCAGAGCAUGUUCUGGAGCGACCUCGGCCCGAGCCUCGGCUACGAGGCUAUAGGAAUAAUAGAUUCGAGUUUAGAAACGGUCGGGGUGUUCUGCGAGGACGCGGUGAGCGACGCUAGCUCGGCGGCGCAGGCGGUGGGGGCUCCGAGCGAGGGCGCCGCGGGCGGGGCGCCGGCCGGGGCGCCGGGCGAGGGCGCGCUGCCCGACACGCGCGCGCUGCUGGCGCCGGGCGACGAGGCGGGCGGCAAGCGCUACGAGCGCGGCGUGGUGUUCUACCUGCGCGAGCGGCGCGUGGUGGGCGUGCUGCUGUGGAACCUGUUCAACCGGAUGCACGUCGCGAGACAGGUCCUGGCGCAAGGCGAGUUCGACGAUCUGUUCGAAGUGGCGAAACUGUUCUCUCUUCACGAAGACGAUUGAACCCGCGACGGCAUUUAUUUUUACGUGUACAUAGUAUUACAUAGAUACGUUUAAUAAAAUUAUUUAAAAUUA